UUGGAACCUUCGAUGUUCGUGUCCUCGUAUUUUCAGAUUAGGGCCGGCUCUAAACAAAUUAAACCAAUGGCUCCCAAUCAGUUGAGGCUUCGUGAGCCUAGGUCGUGCAAAAAUCGAAGGUCAAAAUAUAUACCUGUAUAUAACCUCCAAGAACAAUGAAUAGAUUCGAAUAUAUGGACUCUCGAAUGUUUCCAAAUGAAACGUUCAUAAGACGCGAUAUGGGAGUGUGCUUAUACGAUGGUGACACUAAGACAAAUUUCGAAGAUGGUGAAUUAAUUCUUACAAGCCAUAGAAUUCUUUGGGCAAGACCUGGUGAUAUACAACGUUGUAAUCCAUGCCUUUCGUUAGCCCUUUACCACGUUGUUUCUUUCAAAGAAGAUCAAUUAAGUCCAUUUUCCUUUGGGCGUACCACAAAAGUUGUUAUACAUCUCUCCGAAGCUGUAACUGGUAAAAUGCCUGGUCCGUUGGAUAAUAGCAUAUAUAAUUACAUCAAAUUAUUUUUUAAAGAUGGCGUAGACCGAUACUUUAUUAAGCAUUUAUCUUUUACUUUUAUAAGACGGACUUGGGAAAUAGCACCCAUCAUGCCUGUAGAUCAGUCUAAUUCUAAUAUGCAAAAUAGCAGUGGCGUUCCCAAACCACCUCAACGAAUAAAACCACGGACUGGUAUCAUAGGCAUAGAAAGAAGCCUCCAGGAGCAACAAAAAGUAACGGACGACAGUAUAUCGAUGGCAUUUCAAGAUCUCAGGAAACUUAUGGAAAUGGCCAAAGACAUGGUUUCUAUUUCGAAAACCAUCUCAGCAAAAAUACGGGAGAGACAUGGAGACAUCACGGAGGAUGAAACGGUCAGAUUUAAAUCCUACUUAAUGAGCCUUGGUAUCGAUGACCCUGUAACAAGAGAUGCAUACAAAAGCAGUAAUGAAUACUUCAAGCAAUUGGCAAAACAACUGGCAGAUAUUUUAGAAGAACCAAUUAAAGAAGUUGGGGGAAUGAUGACAUUAACAGAUGUUUAUUGUCGUGUAAAUAGAGCUAGAGGCUUGGAGCUUCUAUCACCGGAAGACUUAUUGAAUGCCAGUAGGCAAUUAGCGCCUUUAAAUUUACCUAUAGUAUUGAGAACUUUCGAUAGCGGGGUUAUGGUUCUCCAAAUUCGAUCUCACAAUGACAAUGCCAUUGUUGAAAUGAUAUCCGAACUGUUACAUGAAAGAGGAUCUCUAACGGCAGAAGAACUUGCACAAUCUGAAGGUAUAUCUGUCCUUCUGGCACGUGAAAGAUUACUAGUCACAGAAAAAAAUGGUAAAGCAUGUAGGGAUGAUACAAUCGAAGCAUUAAGAUUCUAUCCCAAUUUAUUUUUUGAAAGAGAGGAUUAAUGUCAGAUUAUCGAUUCCUCUUUAAGUAUGAAGACAUACUAUGUUUAAAGCGGAUACUAAACGCCCUUUAUAUAAAACUCGUUAUUAAAAACUUUAUAUAUUUUUUGUGCCUUUACAUAGUAUACACAUAAAAUAAAUCAAAGCUAAACAUUAAAUAUCUAACAAAAUACAAACACCACAUCGAUUCAAGGAAACAAAAAAAUAUCUUCACUCUUAUUUUCAAAUUAAUAUCUAUUCUAAUAAUUAUUAUUUUCAAUAAUUAGAAGAAAAAACAAAACUGUGCAUUAUAAGUACAGGUAGAAAUUGCUUUUCGCCGAUGGCUAAAUUAAGAUAAAA